GCGGGGGUUAAGAAGCAAGCAAACUUGCUGGCAUUCAUUAACAUUUUAAUGCGGAUUCUACCAAAGAAAACAUAUUUGUGCUAUUGGCCAAGGGGACACGAUUGUAACCAUAAUAGAAUGCGGCGCGCUGGCAAAGUGGAGGGACCUGCAACUUACGAACGUGUUGUGUACAAAAACGCAUCAGUAUACCACUAUAUGAGGAUCUCCUUAGAAUUGGAGAAUGAAAGCACCAGACUCAGUGCGGUCCAACUGAAGCAGCUGAUCAUCACUGGCCUCAGAGAUUUGUAUGGAGAGGUUGGAGCAGCAUCACCUUUUGACCUGUUGAAAUUUGAUGAGAAGACAUUAACUGCCGUGCUUCGUGUUUUUAACAGUGGCUUUGUGAAGCUGUGGAGCUCCCUGACGUUUCUGGGAUUCUAUAAGAAUGAACGGUGUGCUUUCAGAAUCCUUCAGGUGUCUCCUUUCCUGCUAGCUCUGUCUGGAAACAGUCGGGAGCUAAUUCUGUAAUCGUGAAUCUGGGUGGAAAGAAGAACACUUGGAGAGGAACCAAAAUGCAAAGAAUGAACAGUAUUUGGAGAAAUGUCAUAUCCAAACAAAGGUGCUCAUCCUUCAACUGUGCUGAAGCCAGGGGAUCCACCAACCCCCUCACGUGUUUACUUGGUAGCCGUCACCUCUAUGUUGGCGAGCGGGCCUCGCUGACCAAAGCCUUCAGUGCCACAGAUGUGGCGGUGUUCGCUGAGCUGACGGGAGACACUAAUCCCCUCCACUUGGACCCAGCGUACGCCAAGACCACAUCUUUUGAAACUCCCAUUGUUCACGGCGUGCUGAUAAACGGGCUCAUAUCGGCUGUGCUUGGGACUAAGAUGCCGGGCCGAGGCUGCAUAUUCCUCUAUCAGGAAAUCCGCUUCCCUGCUCCUCUGUACAUUGGAGAGGAGGUUCUGGCUGAGGCAGAGGUGAAAAAGAUUAAGAUGUCAUUUGCCUUCAUAAAGGUCACAUGCUCUGUGAAAGACAAAGUGGUCAUGGAGGGAGAGGUGAUGGUGAUGAUGCCAGAGGACCAACAAACACCAUGAGGAGAGGGAUAAGGAUUUCGGUUAUUUCAGUUGCACUUUCUAAAUAUAUGU